UGGACCUUACGCAAAAGAAAGAAGAGAAAGAAGGUUUUAGAAUUUUUGGAGUAGUGAAGAAGAGAGGGAAGCUCCAAAGGUCAGAAUCGAGUCUCUACUCUUCGGAGCUUCUCUUCGCUUUUUUCUUUUCUUUUCUUUCUUUUCUGUGUGGGAAAGAUCGCUUUCCAAUAGUUUUCUCAAGCGCCGACUUUCCUGUGAAUCCAUUUGAAACAGACAGGUUUCAAAGUCUUACAUUUCACUUCAGAAGGCUUAGUGCGAAUUGCUCAUAGCUUAAUUGGUGUGUAUAGAAUAUAUAGAUGUAUUGGGAGUAAUGACAUUUUAUGUCCAAGGUUGGAUAGCCUCCAAGAGUGUAAUUGAUGCAAGGGCAUUCUAUAUACGGGGCUAAGAUGCCAUCUGGCAUUCUAUCGAAGCUGAAUACUACUAUCUAUUCUGGUUUUAGACGUGCAAUAGUUCAGCGACAAGGUGGGUGGCAAAGUUCACUAAAUUUGGUACUUCGACCAGGGAAUUUGUUGUUUCGGUAUUCAGCACUGUCACGUUCCCUGCCCUAUUCAACUUCUUUGAUAUCAGAGGCCUUUCAGUUUUCUAAAGGUCGGGAGAAUAAGAGGAAAUUUAUGGCUGCUUCUACUUCCAAAGCUGUAUUAGCAGAUGUCUAUGUCGACGACUUGAUUUCAAGUUGUGGGAAUGCAUUAGACUUCACAAAACCUACUGGCGUUUUUUACAAUGACAGAAGUUGUGGCAGAUACCAAAAUGCUAGCCUGAGUUUGAGAAGGAAAGAAUGGUCCAACAGUCAUCUGAUUUGUGGGUAUUUUAUUUUCGAUGGAUUGAGGCGGAAUUGUAACCCCAAUUCACUUAUUGGGCCAUGGUUGAAGAAUUUCCAUUCUUCAUCUUCUGUGUGCCACUCUAGUGGGGCUGCUCAUGAUGUUUCAUUUGACGGCAAUUCUCGUGAUGAACAGCUUGCAGAGUCCACCAUUUUGUCCGGCGAAACUGUUCUGGGUGAAAGAACCCUGAAGCUUAUUUCUGGAUCAUGUUACCUGCCACAUCCUGACAAGGAAGAGACAGGUGGAGAGGAUGCUCAUUUUAUUUGCGAAGAUGAACGAGUAAUUGGUGUUGCAGACGGUGUAGGUGGCUGGGCAGAUGUUGGUGUUGAUGCAGGACAAUUUGCCCGUGAGCUCAUGUCUUAUUCGGUGAAUGCAAUUCAAGAGGAGCCUAAGGGUUCCAUUGACCCAGCCAGGGUGUUAGAGAAGGCCCACUCGAGUAUAAAGGCCAAGGGAUCCUCAACAGCAUGCAUCAUUGCCCUUACGGACAAGCAGGGAUUACAUGCUAUUAAUCUAGGAGACAGUGGAUUUAUAGUGGUCAGAGAUGGAUGCACUGUCUUCCGAUCCCCAGUGCAGCAGCAUGGCUUCAAUUUUACAUAUCAGCUUGAGAGUGGCCGUGGGGGUGAUCUACCCAGUUCUGGUCAGGUAUUUACAAUUCCUGUCACUGCUGGAGAUGUCAUUAUUGCUGGAACAGAUGGGUUAUUUGACAACUUAUAUAAUAAUGAGGUCACAGCUGUUGUUGUUCAUGCGAUAAGAGCUGGCUUGGAACCACAAGUAACUGCUCAGAAAAUAGCAGCUUUGGCACGCCAGCGAGCACAAGAUAGGAACCGACAGACACCAUUUUCUACGGCUGCUCAAGAUGCUGGUUUCCGUUAUUAUGGAGGCAAGCUUGAUGAUAUCACAGUUGUGGUGUCAUAUAUAACUAGUUCUUCCGAUGUGUGAGUUUCUCAUUUCUAGUAUAGAUAUACUUACUUUGCUUGUAUAGUCACGUGUUUAGUUGUGGUGGUGGACUGGGCAGUGUGGGCUGAUAAGCCCAUUAAUUCCAUUUUUGGCCAUGAAACACCGCGGAAGUUGUACUUGAUAUUGGUUACAUUUAGUCCUUUGAAGAUCUGAAAUUUGAACUACAUUAGCAUUAGAAA